AUGAAUAUAAUGUGGUUAGGUAUAUACGUUAUUUUUUCUUUUGUAAUCCAGACACCUUUGAAAAUUUUCCUAUUUUCCUACAUAAAUAUUCCUAUGAUAAUAUGUACUGAUUCAAAUGAUAGUUCAAAAAAACGUAACUCUCAAACAAUUAAAAGUACUGAUGCAUUAAUUGAAAAUAUAACAGAAAUAAUAUACUACCUAGAAAAUGUAAAUAAUUAUGUGAUAGAUUAUAAUAAAGAAUUAUUUUUAAAAUUAGAAUAUUUAAUACAACAUGAUAAUGCUUUAUAUGAUUCCUUUGAACAUAAUGAGCAAGUAUUAAAUCAAAUAUACACAUAUUAUGACAAUAUAUUAAAUAAAUAUAGUACAAAUUUAAAAACCCUAAAGGAUGAUAAAAUUAAUAUAUUUAAUGAAAUUGUUACAAAUAUUCAAAGUGAAAAUAAAUAUUAUACACAUUUUAUUUAUAAAAAUAUUCUUUCUAAAAUUGAUUUAAUUAGUGAUAUGAAUAAAAAGAAAAUUGACAAAGAUAAAGAAAAAAACAUCAAGAAUAUCACACAAAACUUAGAAAUCUUUAAGAACAAAUUGCUGGAUAUAAAAAAAAAUAUUAGGGAUGUAAUAGUUGAAAAUUUUGAAGAUAUAAAAAAAGCAAAUGAAGAAAAUAUCCAACAAAUCGAAAAUCAAGCAUAUCAAUACUUACAUGGAAAUAGCAAAUAUGACACAUUCUCACGGUAUAUAAUAAAUGAUUUUUUAUUAAAUGAUAAAAAAAUAAAUAUAAUAAAUUAUGAAAAUAAUUAUUUUUUUAAAACCAAUUUUAUGUACUUUAAUUUCUUAUCAAAUUAUAUAAAAGAAAAAAAAAAUAGUUAUACUAAUAAUAAAAAACCCAAUUUUCAUAUUUAUAUAUAUUUAAAAGAAACAUUAAUAAAAGAAAUAGAAUCAUCAUACCAUAACUAUUAUGUAAUACCCGAUCUACAUAUUAUUGAUGUUAUAAUAAAAAAUGCUAAUAAAAUAAUGGAAAAAGAAGGUAAAAAAAAUAAUAAUUAUACAUAUAUUUUAGUAUGUAUCGAUAAUUAUAUUGUUAAAUAUAAUAUAUUAUCUAGUAAUAUAUAUCUAGAUAUGGUACCAAAUAUUAAAUCUAUUUUUACUAGUAAAAAUGCCAACGAUAUAAAUGCCAAUAAAAUGGAAAAUAUACUUUUCAAUAUUAAAAAACAAAAUCAAGAAAAUUAUACAACUACAAUUUUUGAAAAUGAGUUUUAUCAAAGUUUAAUACCAAAGGAAAAUGAUAAUAUUCAAAAUAAUAAUUCAGAAUUAGAAAAAGACACAAAAUCAAAUCAACAAAAUAAUUCAAAAACUUACUAUUUUAUGAAAAAAAAUAUUUUUUUUGAUUCAAAAAAACAAUAUUAUAAAAAAUUCUUGUCAUAUUAUGCAUACGAAGAAAUAUUUAACAUUUUAUGUAACAACGAUGCUACAUGUAGUUCUGAUAUUAUUAAUUCAAUUAAUCAUGUAAAUAGAAGUACCUUUGUUAUAAAAAUGCAUCUAAAAUUGAAAAAUGAAUUAAAGAAAUUUCUUCAGAUACAUCAAACUGAGUUGAGAGAUGUUAAAAAAUGUCAGUCUGAAUCCACAUCUACAAGUGAGGAUCUUGAUGAUGAAAAUAACCAAAACGAUUCUACUAAAAACAAUAGUAAAGGAAAAUCUAACGCAUCAUGCUUCAAAAAACAAAGUGAAAAAAUUCCCAGUGAAAAUGACAAUUUUAUAAAUAUGCAAAACAUCAGUGAUUUUUUAAAUACAUAUUAUGUUUCUUAUCAUAAAUCGUUUAAAGUUGCGAAUAGAAAACAUAUUUAUUCUUUAUUAUCCCAUAUCUUUGAAAGUUAUUUAAAUAAUAAACACUUAGAUUCUAUUCAAGAAAAAUAUAAACACAUAGAAAAUGCAAACAGUAUAACAUUGCACUAUUUGGGGGUUUUACCAGAAAUCAUAAAAGUUUACAAAACGUUCAACUAUUGUGAAUCUCUUUAUCAAUUGGGGAUUACAUAUCUCAUGAAUAAUUUUAAAAAUGCAGAAGAAGAUGAUGAAAAUAAUAAAGACGAUGAAAAUAAUAAAGCCGACGAAAAUAAUAAAGCCGACGAAAAUAAUAAGGCUAACGAAAAUAAGACUAGCGAAAAUAAGACUAGCGAAAAUAAGACUAACGAAAAUAACAAAGCCAACGGGGAAAUAAGUAAAGAAAUCGAUUUUUUAAAAAACCAUAAUGAGAAAUAUAUGGAAAUGUUUCAAAAUCAUUUAAAUUCAGAAAUAAUAUUCAUUAACUUUUUUGAAUUUUUAAUUCAACAAAAAAUAGCUUUUAUAUAUGAAGAAAAUGAAUUUUUAAAAUUAUAUAUAUAUUAUGGUAAAAAGGAAUUACCACAAUUACCAUAUACUCCUUUAUUUUCAAAUUGUAGAACAAUAAUAAAAAUAGAAGUAUUACGUGAUACAAAUACGAAACAAAUAAUAUAUUCAGGUAGGUCUUUUUUUUUAGAAACAUUAAUAACCUUAAAAGAAUAUAAAGUCAAAAAUAAAAGUGCAUAUAUAGUUAUUGAAACAUCUGAUGAAAAUAGUACUAUUAAAAAAAGAUUAAAACUAGAAAUGCUAUAUAAAAUAUCACCAUUUUCACAUAUUAAUGCCUAUAUUAUCUCAAAUGAUGGAAUCGAAACAGUUUAUCAUAAGGGAAAUAUAUAUCAACGAUCUGCUAGUGAUAUUAAGGAUGUUAUUAGUGAUAUACGAAAUGAUUUUUUAAAUGUUAUUUUACCACAACAUAAUAUGUUUGAUUUGAUUGAUAAUUACAUAUAUAUUAUUAUAUGUUUGAAAAAUGAAAACUGCUGA